AUGACCAAAUUGCCAGAAGGCAACUUCAAUAAGACUUUACUCGUGGAAAUGCAAGAUGGACGCGAAGUCAUCGCGAAGCUGCCGAAUCCGAACGCAGGAAGGCCUUAUUAUACGACUGCUUCCGAGGUGGCGACUAUGGAUUACGUCAGGAAUCGACUGAAUAUUCCCGUGCCCAAAGUGCUCGCGUACAACACUCAAGCAAAAAGCAACGACGUUGGUGCCGAGUACAUCAUCAUCAUGGAGAAGUGCGGUGGCAUCGAGCUUGGUCAUGUCUGGGACGAACUUACAGGGAAGGAGAAGACUGAGAUUGUGAGGCAGUUGGCGACGUAUUCGGUACGGUUGUCGAAGGCGAAAUUUCCGUACUAUGGGUCAAUUUAUUUUUCGAGAGAUAUUCCAGAUAUCAAGGGUACGGAAGUCGACGAUACGUUCAGUGUUGGACCGACGACGAGCCGGGAUUGGGUUGACGAUAGGAGAGGAGAGGUUGAUGUUGAUCGCGGUCCAUGGAGGUCGCCGCAAGACGUCCUAACCGCCACCAUACAACGAGAAACUGCAUGUCUCAGAGCCUUCCCCAUCUCCCCACCAGAUCGUCAACAAAGCAUUUUCAAUAGUGCUAACAGCUACCGCUCUUCCAUAUCCCGCAAAAUAUCAGUCCUCGAAGACUACGCCCUCGUCCUCCCAUUCCUCCUCUCCAAAGACCCCGCACACACCGCCUCCACUCUCUGGCACACCGACCUCCACACCCACAAUAUUUUCGUGCACCCAUCUCGCCCCACACAGAUAACCAGCAUAAUCGACUGGCAGUGCGCCAAUCUCAGUCCCGCAUUCCUCCACAUCACCUACCCAUCUCUUCUCGACUACUCCGGCCCAAAACUCCCCGGCCUCACGCUACCACAACUGCCAAGAAAUUUUGAAGACAUGGACAAAGAAGCGAAGAAACAGGCGAGGGAGUUACAUCUGGCACAAUCACUCUGGGGACUUUAUCGGAUCUUCGCAAUGAAGCAGGACCCGAAUUUGUCAAGUGUGUUGGGAUAUCGCGACACUUUGGCUGGUCAGAUCAUGGAUGCUGCUGGGGCUGUCUUCGACGAUGGAGAGGUCCAUCUUCAAAACUUAUUAGCGCAGCUCGUGGAGCCGGAGACGUGGAGGAAAGUCAUGGGCCAGAACGCGCCUUGUCCGCUCAGCUAUUCGGAAGACGAGCUGACGCAGCUGAGAGAUGCUUUGGAGAAGUGGGACAGACAUGUUGAGCGCAAGGCAAGGGUUCUUGACGAGCUUGGGGCUUAUGAGGGGUGGGAUGGGGCGGUGGAGCCGGGGGAGUAUGAUGCUAUGGCAAAAAGGUUGGAAGGGGCUAGGGGGAGGUUUUUGGAUGGUGGAGGGAAGACGAAGUGGGAGGGAGGGGAGUCGGCGAGGGUUUGGCCGUUUAAGGAUGGAUAG